AUGCAUUAAUAAUUGCCGCCAGAAUAACUAGAUAGACUUAUUUGUCUAGAAGCUAGAAUUCAUAGGAAAUCAAAAGAGGAAAUCAUAUAAGAGCAAUUCUUAUAGAUGGAGAGCGAAAGGCAAACAGAUGAAAAUGAUCGUAAUAAACAGAAUGUAGAUUCUAAUAAAAAAUCUGAUGACUUAAAAUGCUCUUUAAACAGCGAAAAUUCCCCAUAACAUUUAUUUCCAUCCCAAAAUAUGAGUCCUGUUUAAAAGAAAUGCAUAAUUACAAAGAAGCAUUCAUAGUAAAAAAAAAACAAAAAAAGUAAAGAGGGAUAAUAAAAAGAUAUCACUUAAUAUUUGCAGUUUUAAAAAAAGUAAUAAAAAGUGAAGAAGUCUGAAUAAAAAUUGAUUGAAUAUUCAAUAUAGGAUUCUCCAUUUAAAAAUAAAAGUCCAUUACCCUACGAUCCAACAGUGGAUAAAUAACUUAAAGAAAAAUAAAACUAAUUAGCAAUUUCUGAAAUAAAAAUUAAAGAACUAGAAACUCAUAAUUCUGAACUUCGUGAAACAAUAUCGUCAUUAACAGAAUAGCAAUUAAAAAUGUAAGAUGUUGUUAAAUAAUUCGCUAUGGAGAAUGAAAAACUUAAAAAACUAUAAUUAUAAACCUAAUUAUAAGCAAAUCGUGUUAGACUAGGUGAGUAUGUAGUUUAGAGAGAGAAAACCGCUUUGGUCGACGUUUGGAUUGAUGGACAGGAAUUAAGGGAAGCAAAAGAAUAAUCAAAAAAAAUAGAAAAUUUGAAAGUAGAUUACGAAAAUAGAAAAAAAAACUGUAAAAAUAAGGAAGAAUAAGAGAUGAGAACCUUGAAUGUAAAGAUAAAUUUUUUGGUUAAAGAGGAAUUAUAAUUAUAAGAAACAGUCGACAGAUUAGAAACAGAAAAGAAUUUACAUAUAAAACAAAUAAAACGAGUUUAUGAGGAGGAACAUGCAAGAUUUACAAAAAAUAAUGACUAUCCAUUAAUUGGUGAAAGAUAUUAAGUUUUGAGUCUAUUAGGAAAAGGUGGAUUCAGUGAGGUUUAUAAAGCUUACGAUCUUCAAGAAUUAAGAGAAGUAGCAUGUAAAAUUCAUCAACUCAACUCGAAUUGGUCAGAUCAUGCAAAACAAAACUACAUAAGACAUGCAAUUCGUGAAAACAGAGUGCAUAAGGAAUUAAACCAUACUCAUAUAGUAAAGUUAUAUGAUUCAGUUGAGAUUGAUAAAUCUUCGUUUUGUACAGUUUUAGAAUUGUGUGACGGUCCAGAUCUCGCUUAUUAUAUUAAAAAGUAUAAAUGUUUUCCAGAGAAGGAAGCAAAAUUGUUGAUUGGAUAAAUAAUUUCAGCCAUCAAAUACUUAAAUAAUCAUAAGAAUAAGAUAAUUCACUAUGAUUUAAAACCAUAAAAUAUUUUGUUUCAUCUAAACGAAUUGAAAAUUUCAGAUUUUGGAUUAUGCAAGGUCUUAGAAGAUGACAAUUCAAAAUUAUAGCUGACUUCUCAAGGUGUAGGAACGUAUUGGUAUUUGCCUCCUGAAUGUUUUCACAUGGGUGACUAACCACCAAAUAUAUCUAGCAAAGUGGAUAUUUGGAGUAUUGGAGUAAUAUUUUUUGAGAUGCUGUUCGGUUAAAAGCCAUUUGGCUAAGGUAUCAGCUAAGAAAAAAUAUUAAAAGAAUAAAUUAUUGUAAAAUCUCAAUCAGUUACUUUUCCUUAAAAGCCUCUAAUUUCUAAUGAAUGCAAGGAAUUCAUUAGAGCUUGUCUUGCCUAUAAUCAAAUAGAUCGUUUGGAUGUGCAUUAAGCUUCCAAUCAUUCAUACUUUUAGAAAAAAUAAAAUUGA